AUGGGUCGCUCGCUACGUUCUCUGUCGGCAUACACCCGUCCGUUCGUACCUAGACACUGUCGUCAGGCUACCACAGGAUGUCCUUUCUCCAAACGACAACGUUCUCAAAUUGCACCAGCAGCAUCCCUUAAUGAGGAAAUUUUUGCCAAUGCAAAACCCUAUUCUGAAGUCCCUGGUCCUAGACCAAUACCUAUCCUAGGUAAUACGUGGCGAAUGGUCCCAGUUAUUGGACAGUUUGAUAUUUCGGAAUUUGCUAAAGUUACCAAGUUAUUUUUGGAAAGAUAUGGCAGGAUUGUUAAGUUGGGAGGGCUCAUUGGGAGACCGGAUUUAUUAUUCGUGUAUGAUGCUGAUGAAAUCGAAAGGAUGUAUAGAAGAGAAGGACCCACUCCUUUUAGGCCAGCCAUGCCUUGUCUCGUGAAAUAUAAAUCGGAAGUGCGAAAAGAUUUUUUUGGCGAAUUACCUGGUGUUGUCGGUGUUCACGGCGACCAAUGGAGGCGAUUCCGCUCAAAAGUCCAAAGACCUAUUCUUCAACCGCAGACUGUGAAGAAAUAUGUAGCGCCCAUCGAGCUGGUCACAGAAGAUUUCAUCAAAUACAUGGAAAAUGCACGGGAUGAAAACGGGGAUCUCCCUCAUGAAUUUGAUAAUGACAUUCAUAGAUGGUCUUUAGAAUGUAUCGGUCGCGUAGCUCUCGACGUUCGACUCGGCUGCCUCUCUCCCAACGCGACAAGCCCCGAGCCGCAACGCAUCAUCGACGCAGCCAAGUUCGCGCUCCGUAACGUAGCUGUAUUGGAACUUAAGGCGCCAUAUUGGAGAUACUUCCCUACACCGCUGUGGACUAAAUACGUUAACAAUAUGAACUUUUUUGUUGAAUUAUGCUCCAAAUAUAUAAAUGAGGCUCUAGAACGAUUGAAAACAAAGGAAGUCACAUCCGACAACGACCUCUCUUUACUAGAAAGAGUACUUCAAAGUGAAGGAGAUCCAAAAAUUGCGACCAUAAUGGCGCUUGAUCUCAUACUUGUUGGGAUCGAUACGAUUUCGAUGGCGGUAUGCUCUAUAUUAUACCAAGCGGCGACAAGGAUCAAGCAGCAGGAGAAAAUGGCAGAAGAAAUUAAACGGGUGCUCCCGGACGCGAGCAAACCUUUGACUUACGCUGAUUUGGACAAACUGCAUUAUACUAAGGCCUUUGUUAGAGAAGUAUUUAGAAUGUAUUCAACUGUAAUUGGCAAUGGAAGGACCUUGCAAGAAGAUGAUGUCAUUUGCGGUUAUCAUGUACCAAAAGGGGUACAGGUGGUAUUCCCGACGAUAGUGACAGGUAAUAUGGAACAGUUCGUGUCUAACCCUGACGAGUUUAGACCCGAGCGGUGGCUAGAGAGCGACGGUCGGCUCCACUCCUUUGCCUCCUUGCCGUAUGGUUUCGGUGCGAGGAUAUGUUUGGGACGUCGUUUUGCUGAUUUGGAAAUCCAAGUGCUCUUAGCAAAGUUGCUUCGAAGAUAUCGCUUGGAGUACCACCACGAACCGCUCGAGUACGCCGUUACGUUUAUGUACGCGCCCGACGGACCCCUGCGCUUGCGCAUGCUUGAACGA